AUGGCCAUUGCUUUCCUGGUCCUUAUUAUGAUGUCUGCUACUACAUUGCCAUCCUGCCAUGCAAGAGUUGGCGAGCCAACAUGCGAGGAUCUGCAACAAGGAUGCUCUGUACCUGAUUGCAUGGAUUUAUGCAACAAAAAACACCUGGGUACCCAUACCUUCUAUUGCAACAACAUUGGUCAAUGUUGUUGCAAACGUCUAUAG